AUGCCUGAUUGCCACGAUAUCGGAGUGUGGAGAGCCGCAGGCCCCAGUAGAAGCCUAGACAAGCUAAAAGGGCUCGUGAAGGAAGUGGACGAUCGAGAUCAGAGAAGUGUGCGCAUUGACAUGGCAUUCACCAUGGCUGUGAGCGGCAACGUUGAUGUGGUGAAGCUCCUCCUUGAUAAAGCCCUCCGUAGCCGGAAACGGGGCCCCGUCCUCGAGUGCCUCGCCCUAUCGACAAUCUCCACCCCCUGCGCCUGCGACUCAUCCGCCGCCAUCCCCACGGUCACAACGAGCUACCCCUGCGGGCCGCGCAGCCGUCCUGUGAACUGCCCUACUGGCUGCGCCACGACUUCGUACGUGUUCGAGACUGAGGGGUGUGGGACCGGUGGUGAGAGCUCCUCCGGUGGCGAGAGCUCAUCCGGUGGUGAGGGGUCGACGACUGUGAGGGGGUGUACGCCUACUGUUACUGUCACGGAGUGUGGGUUUCCUUGGACUACGACGCCUCAGUGGUGUUGGUAUGAUGGAAUCAUUACGCUUCCUUGUGACUGCGACGUGGCUCUCGCGACAGUUACGACGACGGUGACGGACGAUAGCUCGAACUGCAUGCCUUGUUCUUAUGGGUGGAUGACUGAUAUCCCGUGUACUGCCAGCAACUGGUGGGGUUAA